AUGGAGGGACCCGCGUCUGGAGACGAGAGGUGUCAACCCGAAUGGAGGCACCCGAGAUCCGCCUUGUUAUGUGUCACCAGCUGUCUCUGUGGGGAUCCAGAGGCCCUGUGCUGUGUGGGUGUCCAGUGCCAGAGCCCAGAGCCAGUGGACUCUCAUCUGAGGAUUGCUGUGAACUCAGACGGUUGAAUAAUGGUGAGAAGAUGCCUUGUGACGUUCAAACCGUUCAGGAUCUUCGUGGUGGGGAUCGGUUUCUUCAGCCUGUGCUUCCUAAUGACGUCCCUCGGCGGCCAGUUUUCGGCCAAGCGGCUCGGGGACUCGCCCUUCACCAUGAGAACAGAAGUGAUGGGUGUGGUGGAGUCACGCGGCGUGCUGCGGAAGAUCAGCGACAUGCUGGAGGUCAUCAUGAAGCGUGUCGACAGCCUGUCCCGGCUGGACAACACCAGCGACUCCCGCCGCCUGGAGGAGCUCAGCUCUGCCAUUAACAGGAUUCAGCCAGCAGGACUGGUGGAGCGCAUUCAGGCCAUCGCCCAGAACGUCUCCAACAUGGCGGUGCGUGUGGAGCAGAUUCUACAGAACAGCAUGGCAGCAGGGAGAGCUGUCAGAGAUGGAACGGUGGGCCAGUGUGAAGUUCCGCGAGAUCCCCGCUACCCUGACUGUCCUGGCAAAGUGGAUUGGAUGCGGGCCAGGUGGACCUCGGACCCAUGCUACGCCUUCUACGGGGUGGACGGCUCGGACUGCUCCUUCCUCAUCUACCUGAGCGAGGUGGAGUGGUUCUGCCCCCCACUGGCCUGGAGGAACCACACCACCGUCACCACUGUUGUCAAGAAGAGCUCCACCAAGAGACAGGCUGCCUUCCAGACGACUCUUGGCGUCCUGCUGGAGCAGGUGGGCACGGGGAAGGAGUCGCUGAGCUUCAUGAAGAGGAGGAUCCGCAGGCUGGCCGCUCAGUGGGCCACGGCUGCCCAGCGCCUGGACACCAAGCUCUACCGCCGCUGGAGAGAGCAGAAGAAGAUCCUGGUGCACGUGGGCUUCCUGACGGAGGAGUCCGGCGACGUGUUCAGCCCCAAGGUGCUGAAGGGCGGCCCGCUGGGGGAGAUGGUGCAGUGGGCCGACAUCCUGACCGCCCUCUACGUGCUCGGACACAACCUCAAGAUCUCCAUCUCUGUCAAGGAGCUGCAGGGGUUCCUGGGUGUGCCCCCUGGCAGAGGAAGCUGCCCUCUGACUGGACCGCUGCCCUUUGACCUCAUCUACACGGACUACCACGGCCUGCAGCAGAUGAAGCAGCACAUGGGCCUCUCGCUCAAGAAACACAAGUGCCGCAUCAGAGUGAUUGACACGUUUGGCACCGAGCCCGCCUACAACCACGAGGAAUACGCCACCCUCCACGGCUACAGGACCAACUGGGGCUACUGGAACCUCAACGCCCGCCAGUACAUGACCAUGUUUCCCCACACGCCGGACAACUCCUUCAUGGGCUUCGUGUCGGAGGAGCUCAACAACACGGAGAAGCGCAGCAUCCAGCUCAACAAGGUGCGCAACAUGGCGGUGGUCUACGGCAAGGAGGCCAGCAUGUGGAAGCUCCAGGGGAAGGAGCGCUUCCUGCAGAUCCUGCACCGCUACAUGGAGGUGCACGGCACCGUCUACUACGAGACGCAGCGGCCGCCCGAGGUGCCGGCCUUCGUCAAGAACCACGGCCUGCUGCCGCAGCACGAGCUGCAGACCCUCCUGCGCAAGGCCAAGCUCUUCAUCGGGUUCGGCUUCCCCUACGAGGGUCCGGCUCCUCUGGAGGCCAUCGCCAACGGCUGCGUGUUCCUGCAGCCAAGCUUCCGGCCGCCGCACAGCUCCCUCAACCACGAGUUCUUCAGGGGAAAGCCCACAUCCAGAGAGGUGUCCUCUCAGCACCCCUAUGCUGAACAGUACAUCGGGCCGCCGCACGUCAUGACGGUGGACUUCAACAACUCAGACGAGUUUGAGUCGACCGUCCGGGAGAUCAUGAGGACCCAGGAUUUCUGCAACCCGGAGGAUCCCUUCCCUCCGACCAAUGGCUCUCAGGCUUGGCAGGGGAACCCGUUCGUGCGGCUGCCCAACGCCACGCUCCUGGGCUGGGCGCCCAACGCCAGCGCUCCCCCCUCCUGGCCCCCGCUCAGCGCCCUGCGGCUGCUGGUGUCCGCCGAGGGUCAGUCCUGCGUGGAGGCAUGCAGCCGGGCAGCGCUGGUCUGUGAGCCCGCCUUCUUCCGCUUCAUCAACAACAAGGAAGCCCUCGUCAGGCUGGAGGUGCAGUGUGAGGCGGUGGAGUCGGAGGUGAACCACAUCUUCCCGGCGUUCUCGGUGCAGCGGCGCGAGUGUGGCCUGCAGAAGGAGCCGCUGCUCUUCAGCUGCGCCGGACACAGCCCCAAGUACCGCCGCGUCUGCCCCUGCAGGGACUUCCGCCGGGGACAGGUGGCGCUGUGCCGAGACUGCUUAUGAUGAAGAGGGAAAAAACGAGGCCCCUCUUCCUCCUCCUCGACAGUCCUCUCGUCCCCCUCUCCCUCCCUCCCUCCCUCCACCAACACUCAAUGCUUGUGCGUCGCAUCGCUUAUUCCGCUGGCUUCCCUCUUCUGGUCCUGUAAGGCAGAGGGAGUCUGUAGCCAGCCUUGGCUGCGAUCACCCCCACAGAGAGGAGGCGGAGUGGGGAGAACAGAGGCUGAAUGUGCUGGCCCUCUCUCUCUCUCUCUCCUUCUCUCUUUCUCUCUCUUCCUCUCUCUUUCUCGCUCUCACAGCGUCUCUCCGCGGGGGAGCCCAGGCUCUUGCAGAGGAGCUCGCUUUGGAGGAUCUUGCCCAUGGCACUGGCCAAGAGGCAGUGGAGCUACCAGCCAUUGAGUCCACAAACAAACAAACAAUGUUCCUCUGUGGAUGGUAGAAGAGCAGACAGUUUCCUUUUCCACUGACAACAAGGUCUAUGAACCAAGUGCUGCUAUGUAGGCCCGCACACAGAAAGCCCUCACUGGAGUAACUCAGCAUAAUGCCUGACCUGGAGCUUCACACACACACACACACACACACACACACACACACGCGCGCACACACGCACACACACACACACACACACACACACACACACACACACACACACACAGGCCGCACUCAUCGAGGGGUAAAAUAAAGGCAAUAAACAGUUAAUCACCUGAAACUAGCAAGACACAUAUCAACCAGAGUAAAAUCCAGUUCUUUACUGCGAAUCUAUAAACUCCUUAGUAACUACAGUGCAAACGAACAGCUGUGGGAUUCUCCAACCAAACCAAUUCCUGACUGUAGAACAUCCAUGAUUUAUAAACCACUGCAACUACAACACAGAACCCAUACUGGGAGAGCGGGGGACUGCCAGCGGGCUUAGUCCUCUGGGAAAUCUCUGGGAUUGGGGCUCCUAUCCAUGGAUCUGUGGAUCAAUAGAAGGGCCUUUAGCAACAGCCAAUGGGGUAUGUGGACGGCCCGCCGGCCAGACCUCCAGGUGGAAAUGCUGAAUCUUUAUCUGAUCUGCGAUGACCGAUGACUCGGACCAGAGCAGUCGAGCUGUACAAAAUUGGGGAAAAAAAGUGAUGAGAGAUUAUUUUUCAAUAAGUGAUCAUUUGAAUUGUGUUGAAAAGCCUACUGCAAAUUUUUAUGAAUCCAUAUUUGUGUUGUUACAGGAAAAUUAA